UAUAUAAGGCGCCGCGCACCGCCCGCCGCCGGUACACCCCUCCAAGUCACUUUCGAUGGAAGCCAAGCGUAUCGCGCUGCUGAUCGUAGGCGCCGUCCUCAUUCAGGGCCUGGCGGCCUUCCCCACGCCCGACGAUGGCGUCGAGACGGUCCUGGUGCGCGGCAAGCGCCAGACCAACACCAUCCAGAUGAGCCUUCACAACAUCCUGCGCUCGGCGGGUAUCGACACGACUGGCAUUCCGGAAUCGACCAUCAGCAUCCCCGCCACUGCCGGCAGGACCGUGAUCCGCGUGCUCAUCAACCCGACCACCACCACGACCACCACCACCACCACGGAGGCGCCCGCCAGCGUGGUCGUGGAGGUCAUCACCAACGAGCAGCAGCAGGAGGCCACCGAGGAGCCCGAAGCCGUCACUGUCGUGGUGGACGUGGACACGGAGGCGCCCGAGACCACCACGGCCGCCCCGGCCGAGGGCACCACCAUCACGAUCAUCAUCACAGUGCCCACCACCACCGAGGCGCCCACUGAGGAACCCACCGAGGAACCCACCGAGGAACCCACUGAGGAACCCACUGAGGAACCCACUGAGGAACCCACUGAGGAACCCACUGAGGAACCCACUGAGGAGCCUACUGAGGAGCCCACCGAAGAGCCCACUGAGGAGCCCACUGAGGAGCCUACUGAGGAACCCACUGAAGAACCCACCGAGGAGCCCACUGAGGAGCCCACCGAGGAACCCACUGAGGAACCCACUGAGGAACCCACUGAGGAGCCUACUGAGGAACCCACUGAAGAACCCACCGAGGAGCCCACUGAGGAGCCCACCGAGGAACCCACUGAGGAACCCACUGAGGAACCUACUGAGGAACCCACCGAGGAGCCUACUGAGGAACCCACCGAGGAGCCCACCGAGGAGCCUACUGAGGAACCCACCGAGGAGCCCACCGAGGAACCCACCGAGGAACCCGAGGAGCCGACCGAGGCGCCCACUGAAGCGCCCGCACCGGAGCCCGAGCCCACCACUGCCCCUGGCACCACGGUGAUCGUCAACCCGCCGCAGCUGCCUACCAUCAACGUGAACACCAACAACGAGAUCCACAACAACAUCGCCCCCGCGGUGGUGCAGACGGUGCCCGUCGCCGUUGCCACUACCACCGCCGCGCCCGUCGUCGUGGUGGCCGAGGCCACCUCCAAGGGCCCCACCAUCCGUAUCGAGACAACGGACGAGGCCAAGGUGUCUUACGACCCCGCUACCGGAGCCACGCGCAUCGAGACCAACCGGCCCGCUGGAACCGCGGGUUAUGCCGGCUACGGGACCGGCAUGUCCUGGGGUGGCUUGCUCCUGGGGAAAUAAAAUGGGACCACUCGAUAAAGACAGGACUGCUGAGACGCUGAGUGUCGUUUCAGAGCUGCGAAACGUUUUUUUUAUCAACACCACAUGUUCUAACCCGUCUGUAAGCGUGUCAAUAAUACUGAGCCUUGAUCGUGCCCUCCUCCCCCGCCCCUGUGUGAGCCUUUUAUAACUUAGUAAAUGAUUGCAGCAACUGUG